AUGCCAAAUAUCAUUGUCCUUCCCCGUCCAGGAUCAUCAAAGACCAACGACAACCCACAAUCAAUCCAGGCACCAUCUGAAGCUGACUUUGUCUCUACGUUUGGCCAGCUACUACCACCAGCAUCAUAUCUACAAACCCCAAUCGGCGGAGCGGCAUAUUAUGAACUACCUCCUACUUCAGCAAACACAUCAAACCCAACUCUCCGGGUAAUUCUUCUCCACGGCAUCCAAACUUCAGCUAUCGGACUCCAACCAUUGGCAAAAGCGCUCUCGUCACGACUACCAAAUGCUCACAUAGUCCUUCUCGACCUUUGGGGUCAUGGACUUACCGAUACACCGCUGGUAGCGCACACACCCUCUAUCUUCCAUUUUCUUCUGGACUCUCUCAUCACGCAUCUGAAAUGGGAAAAUGUGCAUCUUGUGGGUUACUCCUUUGGUGGAUCAACGAUAGGAACCUUUGCGACUGCGUAUCCGCAUCGAGUCUCUUCUUUGGCCCUCGUUGCGCCUGCGGGGUUGAUUCGUACGGAGUCCUUUGAUGAGGCGGGGCAAUCAUACCUACGCGGAGAGCAAGGGGUAGAUGAGGAAAAAGUGCAGGCAUGGAUUCUGAAGACGUUGGAAGGAGGGGAAUUGAUUGUCCCCGCUGACUGGAAAAAGAGAAUUGCAAGAGGUGAAGUCGUCGCAGAGGCGGUUCGGGAUUGGGAAAUAAAGAAUCACAAGGGACAUAUGGCGAGUGUAGUAGCAAUUUUUAGGGAUGGUGGAGUGUUGGAUAAGCAUGCUGAUCUUGCCGCGGCGGCAAAGAUGGGAAUCAAGAAUAUAAGUAUUGUGGGGGGAACGGAUGAUUGGAGUAGGAAGGAGGAUUUGCAGGCUGUUGGAUUCAAGGAUGUUGUUGUUAUUCCGCAGACAGGGCAUGUCGUAGUUAGAGAGAAGGUGUCGGAGGUUGCAGAUGUUAUUGAGAAGUUUUGGAAGGCACUUCUCGCAUUUCUCAAACGUUGGACAGCUGCUGCUGAUAGCCUUCGAGGGUACAGCUGUACACGUCAUCUCAGAAAUUUGCUGCCCAUGACUUGA